CCCUUCGUCGACUAAAUCUCAUGGUUUGUCAGCCCCAGACUGAAACGGAUUUUUCUGAUUCGCCCGUUUCUUAUUUUAGAAGGGUGGGAGUGUGGUGGUCUGCCUUCUUUUCCUAUUUUGGAGAAGGGAUCCCCCGUUGUAGCGAAUUCCGACCCCCUCGUUGUCGGCGACACGGAAUGACGCGAAUGCGGUGACGUGGGAUUGGGUUUCUGCCGUUCGGGGAAUACAGUGCGCUACAAGACGUAGGAGGAAAAUAUUCCAUGUUGUUCUGUUUGCUGGAGAAGGAUAGACUAGAAGACGCGACAAAAGGACUCCCGUGGCUCUCUGAGGGUUAAGAGUGAAGACAGCUGUCGUUGCCAGGGUAACGCCGCGUCUCUGGUGUUCUCUGUCGCAGUUGGCCGAGUCCGCUCCCUCUGGCCUUCACCCCCCGGUCUCCCAGCUCUGUGCCAUGUCAUUGGAGGAGACGUCAGACCUGGCCAAUCACAACGCCGCGUGUGUGACCUCCUCCUCCUCGCUGAACUUUGACCUCCGCUCGCCGCACGGUGUCCUGAUCGAGGCCGAGCUCGGCGGCAAGGGCAAGGCCAAGGGCACCGCCUCUUCCUCGUCCUCCUCUUCCUCCUCCUCGCCGAAGAACCGCCGGGCCCACCUCACCGCGGUCAACGGCGCCAUGGUGGGCGUCGACGAGGGCGGGGCCAACCUGCAGCGGAACCAGGAGAACCUGGCGGCUCGUCGGGGCAGUCAGGAGCUUGUCGGAGGAGGCGGCGGCAGCAACACCAAGUGGGUCAAAGAGGGUCAGAACCAGCUCCGCAAGGUAGCCGAGAAGCAGCAGGACCAGAACCGCAACCGGUACCCGAGCCUGGGUUCGGACCCCAGCCCCAACCGGAAGGAGGACUCAGCCGGGGAGAAGGAGAAGGAGGAGGAGAAGAAGGAGGAGAAGAGCCUGAGGGAGCUCUGCUCCGAGCUGGAGGCCAAGAACGCAGCCAACGAACCGCUGCUCAUCGACACCUCGGCCCCAUCGCCAGGGCAACGGGAGGAGGAGGAGGAGAAGGAGGGAGGGGAGGAGGAAGGAGGAGAGAGGGAGCGGGCGGAGGAGGAGGGCGGAACGAGAGACGAGGAGGAGGAGGGCGGAGAGAGAGACGAGGAUGAGGAAGAGAAGGAGGAAGAGGAGACGGCCGUAACCCCCGGCAACGGAGCGAAGGACCCGGACGCUGACCUGUCCUCGGACACCACCAGCCGCAGCGAGUCGCGGAAGGACGGCGGGUUUGGGAUCGGGGGCCCCUGCCUGCUGUUCCAGGGCCAGACCGGGGCCCCCAGUGACGAGGAGGCCAGCUGGGCCUCGCUGUCCCAGGCCAGCACUGCCAACAGCACCCCCGUGGGGGACCCAGAGUCGUACUGGGAUCGCAGUGCCUUUGAGACGGACUCUGACCUGCCGGCGGGGUGGAUGAGGGUUCGAGACACGUCUGGCACCUACUACUGGCACAUCCCCACGGGCACCACCCAGUGGGACCCCCCCUCGCCCCUGGAGGAGGGCGGGGCCCCCAGAGACCCUUCCAGCACGUCCCCUGGGCUUACCCCCACCGAGGAGCCAGAGCUGACAUGGAGCAGUGUUUCUCGACCCAACACGUUUGAUGAUGGUGAUAGCUGGAAGGAGGAAGACGUGGCCCCGGACAGAAGCCUGAAGGAGUUUGAGGGAGCUACCCUCCGCUACGCCUCCAUAAACCUCAGCAGCUCACAGUCAGAAGAGCAGGAGAAACUGACUUCACUCAGCACAGACCUGGAAGCCAAGUGCUUUGCGGUGCGCUCUCUGGGCUGGGUGGAGAUCUCAGAGGAGGAAAUGGCCCCUGGAAAGAGCAGCGUUGCCGUUAACAACUGCAUCCGUCAGCUGUCCUACCACAAACACAACCUGCACGACACGGCGGGCAUCUGGGGAGAGGGGAAGGACAUGCUGCUGGUGCUGGAGAAUGAGACUCUGAAGCUGAUGGACCCGUUGGAUCAGAACCUCCUGCACUCCCAGCCCAUCGUCAGCAUCAGGGUUUGGGGCGUCGGCCGGGACAACGGCAGGGACUUUGCGUACGUGGCGCGGGACAAGCCCACGCAGGUGCUCAAGUGUCACGUGUUCAGGUGCGACAUGCCCGCCCGGAACAUCGCCACCAGCAUGCACGACAUCUGCUCCAAGAUCAUGGCUAAGAGGAAGUCCUCCAAGUCCUGUCUGAACAGGCUCAACAUUGACCCCUCCAAACUGGUGGAUAUUCCUUUCCAGGAAUUCCCUGCACCAAAGAAUGAGCUGGUCCAACGCUUCCAAGUGCGUUACCUUGGUAAUGUGCCGGUGGCCAAACCCGUAGGUAAGGAACGCUUUGGCGUGGACACGAUUAACGUCGCCGUGGAGACGGCGCUGAAGACUAAGGAGGGGCAGGAUUGGCCGGCGGUGACGGUGGACGUGGCGUCCGCCACCCUGACCAUCCGCUGCACGCAGACGGAGGAAGUGAUGUCGGAGUGCCGCGUGCGUUUCCUGUCCUUCAUGGGCGUGGGGAGGGACGUGCACACCUUCGCCUUCAUCAUGGCGGAGGCCCCCGGCGACUUCAUCUGCCACAUGUUCUGGUGCGAGCCCAACGCCGCCAGCCUGUCGGAGGCGGUGCAGGCCGCGUGCAUGCUGCGGUAUCAGAAGUGCCUGGACGCGCGCCCCCCCAGCUCCGGCUCCUGCCUGCCAGGCCCCCCCGCCGACUCCGUGGCCCGCCGCGUGGGCUCCAGCGUCAAGAAGGGGGUGCAAAGCCUGCUGGGAACCUUCAAAUGGGCGGGGUCCCAGACGCCGUGAAGAGGGUGAACCGGCCCCCCUUCACCCCCACAGCCCCCACCCCUGCACCCUCCACACAGCUGGCCCCGCCUUCACUGUCAGUCACAGCCCCCUGCCCCAAUCAGACUCCUCCUCCCCAACUCGUCAAUCAAAAUGUUCAAACGGGUGGGGUCCCGGGCAACGCUAGCCCCGCCCCCUCUGUCACUCACCAGGGUGGUCCACUCUGGCUCCUCCCCCUCCUCACCACACUGGGUGCCUGGUUUGGUUCUUCCAGUCCUCAGUGUCAGUAUGUGACACCUGGGAAAUGGUUUCACUGUUAAUACCCUUAAUACCCCCCCCUCCCGCCCCCCCCCGUUCAUACCCCCGGGUCUCCUGUAAAUGCCCCGAGACUCUGGUAACUCUUCGGUCUGUGUGGAGUCUCUUUCUGUAGAAUAGUCUCAGGGGUGUCCAUCCGCUGGGAACACCUUACAUUUUAAUCCUCCUUGUUCUUCACUGGAGUUGAUUGAUGGUUCUACAGGGGCCUGUAGCCCAUUGCUGCCACCUAGUGGAGCGGAGGGGGAAGUCCGGCUGGAAGCUGUUAUGAAUAUCAAAUAUUGCCAAACCCUAUUGGAUGUAGACAUGUUGAAUAUGUUUGUCCUCCUCCCUGUUCACAUUUGCACUGUGUGUUUACACGGUUGUCGGGUCUCUUGAAUAUUCAAUCUCUGAGGAACUGGAGCGACUUGAUAAAAGGUAGAUCACUGCAGCUUUUAUUUAAUGUAGAUUUCCAACAUUUUUAAAUAGUUCUUUUUUUUUAAUGAAAAGAGAAGUUGAGUAAAGAUCAAUAUGUUGUAGUCUUCCAACGAGAAGAAGAGGUGUUUUGGGUGGAGCUUCAUUGAACUCCUGAUCUCUGACUUGCUUGAGCCAAGCAAAAUAUUUUAGCCAUCCACAAUAAAAAAAAAACACUGUUGUAGCAUAUGGAAGCCAAGCUCAUUGUGAUGUCACGCUUCCGUCACAAACGAUGGGGGUGUGGCCUGUGCUGUACUGUCUCGUGUGGUCCUUUCUCUCGUGAAGCAACCGCCUCUGUACGUCGCUAUGGAUACGGAGCGCCUGCCUAGUGACUAAUGUAGUUGUAAUGCAUGGAACAAGCAAAGCGCUGUUUUUGCAUGCAAUAAUUAUGACCUUCCAGCGUGUGUGAGUGUGUGCGCGUAUGUGUGUGUGCGUGUGGGUAGGCAUGGGUGUGUGUAUGGUGAAGAUAAGAUUUUUCAGUAGCCUUUGUGUUCCUGUCGUUUAGGGGUUGGGUUGGGCGGGGCGGGGAGGGGGGGUGUUUAAAACCACUGAAUCAGUGCUUCCUAAAACGCGUGAAAACCAGCAUCCGAACGGAGGAGCGCUCAGCUCUGAUUGGUCAUCUCAUCUCAUUCGUGGCGUCCUGUCCUGGACCCCGAGCACAGCCGCGUGCGAUAUGAAGAUCGUGGGAGUGAUUAUUAUUUUUUGACCACAGCCACUCUUGUAAGUGUGUUGCUUUGCCACUGGAAUUGUAAAUGUGGUGUAAUUUUCGGGGGGUGGGGGGUGGUUAAGCUGAACUUCCACCCCUCCCUCCCUCCCUGUGUUGGGGCCGAAUCGGACCGGUCGAACGGGAGACGGAGUCUGAAGCUGCUCCACACCCGUGUCUGUGUCACUGCUGUAUCGCUCGCUUACCCGCAAACCUUUCGUGCACACCGCUAGACACAGUACCGUCUCACCUGAACACACCUGCAUAUCGCUAAACCUGCAAACGACAGAGUACUGUCUCACCUGAACACACCUGCGUACUGCUAGACCUGCAAACGACACAGUACUGUCUCACCUGAACACCUGCGUACUGCUAGACCUGCAAACGACACAGUACUGUCUCACCUGAACACCUGCGUACUGCUAGACCUGCAAACGACACAGUACUGUCUCACCUGAACACACCUGCGUACUGCUAGACCUGCAAACGACACAGUACUGUCUCACCUGAACACACCUGCGUACUGCUAGACCUGCAAACGACACAGUACUGUCUCACCUGAACACCUGCGUACUGCUAGACCUGCAAACGACACAGUACUGUCUCACCUGAACACACCUGCGUACUGCUAGACCUGCAAACGACACAGUACUGUCUCACCUGAACACACCUGCGUACUGCUAGACCUGCAAACGACACAGUACUGUCUCACCUGAACACACCUGCGUACUGCUAGACCUGCAAACGACACAGUACUGUCUCACCUGAACACCUGCGUACUGCUAGACCUGCAAACGACACAGUACUGUCUCACCUGAACACACCUGCGUACUGCUAGACCUGCAAACGACACAGUACUGUCUCACCUGAACACACCUGCAUACUGCUAGACCUGCAAACGACACAGUACUGUCUCACCUGAACACCUGCGUACUGCUAGACCUGCAAACGACACAGUACUGUCUCACCUGAACACCUGCGUACUGCUAGACCUGCAAACGACACAGUACUGUCUCACCUGAACACCUGCGUACUGCUAGACCUGCAAACGACACAGUACUGUCUCACCUGAACACCUGCGUACUGCUAGACCUGCAAACGACACAGUACUGUCUCACCUGAACACCUGCGUACUGCUAGACCUGCAAACGACACAGUACUGUCUCACCUGAACACACCUGCGUAUCGCUAGACCUGCAAACGACACAGUACUGUCUCACCUGAACACACCUGCGUACUGCUAGACCUGCAAACGACACAGUACUGUCUCACCUGAACACCUGCAUAUCGCUAGACCUGCAAACGACACAGUACUGUCUCACCUGAACACACCUGCGUAUCGCUAGACCUGCAAACGACACAGUACUGUCUCACCUGAACACACCUGCGUACUGCUAGACCUGCAAACGACACAGUACUGUCUCACCUGAACACACCUGCGUACUGCUAGACCUGAAAACGACACAGUACUGUCUCACCUGAACACCUGCGUACUGCUAAACCUGAAAACGACACAGUACCGUCUCACCUGAACACACCUGCGUACUGCUAGACCUGCAAACGACACAGUACUGUCUCACCUCAGCACACGCAAAUUUCUGUUUUUUAUUUUUAUUUUUUUACCCCCCAGUCCUAGGCGAAUAUGUCCUGCCCAGUCCAGAGUUACUUUUGGCAUCAAAUCUGAUUUUCUUUCAGAACCGUGUAAAAUACUGCGGCAGAUUUCUCUGCUCGUUUCUGAAACGGUUUAUGUUUGCGAUAACUGUCCACGGACGGCAUUAUCUUUGUUGAUGUUGUGUUGGUCCUGUAUCGUCAUGUCAUUUUAACAGAAUGUCGAAUUUCCAUUCGAAGCGCACACUUUGCAUUGAGAAUAGCUAGUACAGUGGUUGCCAGGUUUGCUUUAAACUCAUUACAGCUGACACUGAUGACCUGGUCAGUUCGUGGAUCUCAGAACUGACUAAGUGUGUCAGUACUGCAUCAGGAAACGGCUUCUUUGUAAUGAUAAGAACUGCAUGAGUGUCUGUAUUUCAGUGUGUCAGUACUGCAUCAGGAACGGUCAGUACUGCAGAAAGCAUGGUCCCUGCUUAAAGAUGUAAGAGCAGACUGUGUGUGUGUCAGUACUGCAGACAGGACGGUAGUCCCUAACUGUGUUUGUGUGUGUGUGUGUGUGUGUGUGUGUGUAGAGCAGAGUAAACUGCAUUUGUUUUCCUAUAACUUCAUGUAACACAACCACUUUCACUGGAAUAACCGGAGCUACAUUUUCACUACUAACAGAAAUCUAACCGUGUGUGUGCGUGUGUGUGAUUGUUUGUGCUUCACAAUAUUACUAGUUUUCUAAUGUUGAGGAGCUGGAUUUUGAGAAGUAAAAAAACCCUUCCUCCUGGUGGUAGGGAUGUAGGUCACUGGACGUGAUGCGUGAGAUGCUUUUAUUUUGUUUUGUUUUUUUCCCUCCGUGGGGGUCCAUCUUACAGUCCGUCUGAAAACUCCUCUGAAAUGACUGUAAUGCAGGUGUUCAUUUGAUUUUUACAGGAUUGUUUUGAUUUAUUUUUUAUUAUUAUGUAAAUUAGGUGUGAUGUAUAUACAUGUAUAUUAAUGUAAAGUGUCACUGUAAAAAAAUAAACAUUAAAAGAUACGCACAUAAA